CACAAGGCCAGUGUUUGGAGGUGUAAGAUCUCGCAUUGGAAUCCAGCAAAAUCUUCUGAACAGAUCAUCACCAGCUGUCAGUUUCCAGCGGACAUUCGAUGCCCGGCAGAGGAUAGGGCUCACUGAUGCCCGACACAAACUGGGGGUUAAAGAUGCCCGUGAAAAACUGGUUCAAAAGGACGCUCGGUUCAAAAUCAAAGGGAAGGUGCAGGAUGCUCGAGAGAUGUUGAAUUCCCGUAAACAGCAAAGUGUUGCUGCUGAAAAGGUGACCAAAGUGGUGGAUGCCAGAGAGAAGAUCAGCUUAAAAAGGAGCACUCCAGCUGCUAUCAGCCCAACUAUGGGGACAGUAAAUCCAGCCAUGAAAAUCACCAAAACUAUCCAACAGAAAGCUCCAGUUCCUGGACACUCUCAUCCCGCAGGAAUGAGGAUUAACGUGGUGAACAACCAUACACACAAACAGGGUCUGUAUGACAUGGAAGAUGAUGAUGAAAGUGUCUCUCCCCUUACAAGCAAACAGAUGAAAAUGACCACGGCAAACAGUUUCCUGCACAGUGCGACUGGGCUGAGUGGCAAUAAAUUCUCUCUGUCCAAGACUGUCCCCCUGACUAAAGUGGUCCAGAAUGAUACAUACACAGCUCCACCUGCACCUCCCUCUCCUAUGCGGACAAAGGCCUUGACAAACAUGUCCCGGACUUUAGUGACUAAGGAGGAGCCUCCAAAAGAACCGGCACCUGUUGAGCUGGCGUUCAGUCCUUUGGAAGGCACAAAGAUGACUGUAAACAAUCUGCAUCCUCGAGUCACAGAGGAAGACAUUGUUGAGUUAUUCUGUGUGUGCGGCGCUCUGAAGCGAGCCCGGCUGGUGCACCCUGGGGUGGCUGAGGUAGUGUUUGUGAAGAAAGAAGAUGCUAUCACAGCGUAUAAGAAAUACAACAACAGGUGCUUAGAUGGUCAACCAAUGAAAUGCAAUCUUCAUAUGAAUGGGAAUGUCAUCACCUCAGACCAGCCUAUAUUGCUCCGAUUGAGUGAUACACCUUCAGUGAAGAAGGAAGGGGAGCCACGUCGGUCAAGUGCAAGCGCCUCCUCAAACCCCCCAGCUGAGGUGGACCCUGACACUAUCUUGAAGGCACUCUUCAAAUCCUCAGGGGUCUCUGCCUCUGUGCAGCCCACAGAAUUCAAAAUUAAACUCUGAGAAGGGGGGAUGAGCAGUGGACUGGAAAACUUAAGUUGGGGAAUGAGAAAGGUGCAGGAGUGCAGAUGUUGUUUGCAUUUACCUGCCUUGAUUUUUUUUGUUUUCUAUGAUCGCUACCAUACUGUACAAUAGUGUUUCCUCUUGUGUGUGUACUUUCUGUUUUCAUAGUUGGAGUUUUCUUCCAUGAUCUUUUUCCUAAAAGAAUAACUUCCCCCUUCUGCCAGUAAUGUGUUACCAAGCAUAUACCAUGUAACUCCCUCCUUUACUCCAAAGACCCUAGUGACCAUUAAAAGUGCACAUAGACUUUGAGGG